AUGUCCUCACCUACAUCACUAGAAGAGGAUGGUGACAUUAAGCUGAAAACAAGGUUUCAGGGACAGGUCGUUGUUCUUUAUGCUCGUCCACCACUCAUUCUAGAUGACUUCUAUGCACUUCUUCGCGAUGCCUGUAAGCAACAUGCUAAACAAGAUAUCACGGUCAAGUGGAUUGAUGAAGAUGGUGAUCCAAUUUCCAUCGAUUCACAAAUAGAGCUCGACGAAGCUGUGCGAUGUCUGAAUUCAAGUCAAGAAGCAGAAUUAAACAUUCAUGUUUUCGUUGGAAAACCGGAGCUGCCUGGUCUUCCGUGCCAAGGAGAGGAUAAAACGGUGUAUCGUCGUGGUGCUCGUAGAUGGAAGAAGAUCUAUCUUUACAAUGGACAUAGGUUCCAAGCAAAACGACUGAAUAGACGGAUUCAAUGCUUCAUCUGCCACGACUAUAUUUGGGGUAUUGGGCGUCAAGGGUUCCGUUGUGUGGACUGCCGGUUGUGCGUCCACAAAAAGUGUCAUCGUCAUGUGCGAACUCAUUGCGGUCAGACUCCACAAGGACCAAAUAUUCUACCAAUGGCUCCAGGUAGUGGAAUUGGAUCAUUAAGAGGCACCAGAUUAGACACGAGUUCGUCCACCACACGAUCAAGUGGUGGAAUUGACAAUGGAGCAUUCCACGAACACGAAAUUGAAUCACCAGGAUCGACUAAUCAUGAUUUGAGUAGAUCAACGAAUGGCAAUGGUACUUCGAAAUGGGCGGUUUCUCUCAACGAUUUCCGUUUAUUGACUGUAAUUGGCCGUGGAUCUUACGCGAAAGUCGUUCAAGCAGAGCAUAUCGCUACUCGUCAAAUUUACGCCAUCAAAAUUAUCAAAAAGGAAAUGUUCAAUGAAGACGAAGAUAUUGAUUGGGUUCAAACUGAGAAGUCUGUAUUCGAAGCAGCUUCUAACUAUCCAUUCCUUGUCGGACUACACUCGUGUUUCCAGACUGAAUCUCGUCUGUUCUUCGUGAUCGAAUUCGUUCCUGGUGGUGAUCUGAUGUUCCACAUGCAACAACAAAGAAAACUUCCGGAGGAACAUGCUAGAUUCUAUUCUGGAGAGAUUAUACUCGCUCUGCAUUUCCUUCACUCUCGAGGAAUCAUUUAUCGUGAUCUCAAACUAGAUAAUGUUCUUAUUGAUGCAGAAGGACACAUUAAACUAACCGAUUAUGGAAUGUGUAAAGAAAACAUCAACGCUGGAGAUUUGACAUCCACAUUCUGCGGAACACCCAAUUAUAUUGCUCCAGAAAUAUUGCGAGGAGACGAAUAUGGAUUCAGUGUCGAUUGGUGGGCAUUGGGUGUUCUAAUGUUUGAAAUGAUGGCGGGUCGGUCACCAUUUGACAUUGUUGGAAUGCAAAACGCUGAAGAAAACACUGAGGAUUACUUAUUCCAAAUAAUUCUGGAACGACAGAUUCGUAUUCCUCGUUCACUUUCUGUUCGUGCUUCUAGUAUUCUGAAAGGAUUCCUCAACAAAGAUCCUACGGAACGACUUGGAUGCAAACUGGAUAUUAAUGAGGGACUUCGUGAUAUGAAGGAGCAUCAAUUCUUCCGUGGAUUCAUCGAUUGGGAAGCAUUGGAGCAGAAGGCUGUUGCUCCUCCAUAUCAUCCAGCUGUUGAAAGUGAUCGUGAUUUGACACAUUUUGAUCAUCAGUUCACUGACGAACCCCCACAGCUCUCUCCUGAUAAUUCAGCCGUCAUUGCUCGAAUCGAUCAGUCCGAAUUCGACGGAUUUGAAUACGUGAAUCCACUGCAAAUGAGUCGAGAGGACUCCGUUUAG